UGCCCAUGUGGAGCGGCUAAGGCAUAUUGUACACCAUACGCUUGAGAUUCAAUGGUUGAUGUGCACUAUGAAAAAUGACCAAAGUACCCUUACAACAAUUUUGCGAAAAUAUGUUGACAGGGAAGGAGACUCCAAUCUUAGUGGCGGCGAAGAAUGGAGUGAAGGAGAUGGUGGAGAAAAUAAUAGAAAAAUUCCCAGUGGCAAUUCAAGACAUCAGUGAAGAUGGUAAGAACAUAGUGCUAUUGGCUGUGGAGAAUAGACAGCCCCAUGUGUACAAGUUCUUAUUGGAUAAAUAUACAUGGAACGAGAGUCUUUUUCAGCACUUGGAUCAUGAAGGGAACAGUGCCUUACACCUAGCAGCAAUGCUAGGUCAGAAUAGGCCCUGGAUCAUCCCUCGUGCAGCUCUACAAAUGCAGUGGGAGAUAAAGUGGUAUAAGUUUGUGAAGGAAUCUAUGCCCCGCCAUUUCUUUACACGCCUCAAUAACAAAGGCCAGACAUCCAAGGAGGUGUUUACCGAAACGCACAAAGAAUUGGUUAAAGACGGUGGUGCAUGGCUAACCAACACAUCCCAAUCAUGCUCAGUUGUCGCGGCGCUUAUCGCAACGGUUGCUUUUGCCACGGCCACGGCAGUUCCAGGAGGCAUUAACGAAUCAACAGGAACCCCAACACUUGAAGGCAGGCCAGCAUUUGAGGUCUUUGCCAUUACAUCACUUAUCCCACUAUGCUCCUCCGUAACAUCCCUAACCAUGUUCCUUGCCAUCCUUACUUCUCGCUACCAAGAAGCUGAUUUUCGUAGAAGCUUACCAAGGAAGCUGAUACUAGGCCUAACUUCUCUCUGUCUCAAUCGCUUCCAUUUUGGUUUCCUUUUGCGCUGGCCAUUUCUUUGUCCUCAAAGAAAAACUAAAGUAUGCAGCCUUUCCUGUGUAUGGGAUCACAUGCUUACCUGUAACGCUUUUCGCAGCAGCACAAUUUCCACUCUACUUGGAUCUUAUAAGAUCUUUUCUAACAUCAGUACCACGGCGGACCUACGAGGUGACUUCUCUCUAAUGUGUUGUUAUCAUCUCUUCUUUGCUGAUGUGUUUUCUUUAUGUUCACUUCUCUUGAUUGAGUAUUGUAUUAAGUGGACUAUGCUUGGAUUUGCUUCGCCGAUAAGUUCCAUUUAUGUACACUUUUCUUGAUGUGUUGUAUUUAAUGGACUAUUUCCUUCGACUUAUUUCACUAAGUUCUUUGAGGGAAUUGUUUAAA